AUGAAGAAGGCCCUCUCCCUGGGCCUUUACGUCAUUGUACCUCUCACUGGAAAGGACUGGGGCUUCUUGCCCGCCUUCCCAGCGCCGGACUGCUACACACAGGAGAUUGAGGACUAUGGCAACGUGGGCAACAAUGUUCUGGCCUUUGCCAAGACCGUCAUGAAGGAGUUUGCCCAGUACAACAACACGCUGAUGUUCACCGCUGCCAAUGAACUGGCGCAGUUGGACAAGAAUGGAUAUGCAGCGUUCCCCUGUGUGAAAGCCUUUGUCCGGGACUUGCACAACCAUCAGGCUGAGUGCAAUUCCACAAUGCGCCGCGUGCCUUUGAUCUACUCGGACGUGGACACUGGAGGAGGUGCUGCCAGGAAGGUGGUCGCAGAUUACUUGACCUGCGCGCUGGACAGCGAAGCCGAUGCCGUGGACGCCUAUGGCCUCAACGUGUAUUCUUGGUGCGACGACACAUACCCAGGUGAUGGAAAAGCCGACAAUUUUCAGUACUCCCCGUACAAAGACAUCAAGGAGGACUUCAAGGACUUCUCAGUGCCUUUCAUUUUCUCAGAGUUCGGAUGCAACCUGGGCGUCUUCAAGACGAAGUGCCCCUAUCCAGAUGGCCGAACUUGGCCGGAUGUGAAGCAUUUCCUGGGAGAGGACAUGGGCCAGUUCAUGAGUGGCGCAGUGGCCUUCCAGUGGUCCAUGGACAAAGAGGAGUAUGGUCUCACACUCUCCCCAGGCUUCUUGGCCGGCCAGGACAAACUGUACCUGCUGGACAAUUAUUUCAACUUGCAGAAGGUCUACAAGAAGUACCACGUGAAUGGUACCUGGAAUGCCAAACCAUCUGAGGUGGACCAGUGCAGCUUCGUACCUUCUGAUGUGGCUCCAAUGGAAGAGUCGUCCCUGGGCUGGAACGGAGGAUCAGGGACCAAAGUCCAGCGACAAAGAGGUGUGGACAAGGUGGUGGACUGGUCGGUUCUCCCUCCACCUGCGACCGCGCUCAUUGGAAAUGCCACGCUGAAUAUCUCCGAAUGCUCAGCGGAUCCUGGGUAUGCCAUGAAAAUUGAUUUAACUUGUGCGGCACAUUGA